AUGGUCAUUGAUGACAGCUAUACUGGGAGCAAUGGUGUCAGCUUCCUUCUCUUUCAAGCUGUAGCCUUCGCAGCCACGGCAUUUGAAAGUCCUGAAUCACUAGCAAUUGACGGGUUCAGAAAUCGACGAGAAGCUCGUAAGACUCGAUUUGAACGAGCUAAGAUGCUUUACAUAUUUGGUUGCGAGGAGGAUCGUGUGACAAUCCUACAGACGAUUCUGUUGUUGACAUACUGGGAUGAUACUAGUGCUGAUGGAACCCAUGAUGCAUGGCAUUUUGUCAGGGAGGCUAAGGCAAUUCUAAGAUCUAUCCAACUGAAGCCGACAGAUUCUGAAAUCGAGCUCUUUCAACAACGACCAGGACUGUGGAGGCGAAUUUACUGGUCACUCUACAUGAGAGAUCGACUGGUUGCGAUCGCCAUGCGCCGUCCAGUUCAACUCGGCGAAAACGAGUUUGAAGUUGAUAUGUUGAAACCAUCCGAUCUUUACAUAGGCCCAUUGUCGACCAAGUGCUGUCUCGGAAGUGAUGGUGGCCACCCUGCAAUUAGAGAUCCAUCGGUGCGCUCGCUGUUAUCUCAGAUCACUAUUCUUCUCGUCCAUUGCUGCAGAUGUAUUGGACGUGUUUUGUCCUGUCGAUAUACCAGCUCUCGGAUACAAAAUGGUUUAAACUCCUCAAGUCUUGAGUCGCUUGUUCCCAGAUCUCCUCCUCCAACCGGUGCAGAAGUAUUACUGCGGGACAGCGAGCUCGAAGAAUGGCACCGAUCCUUACCUGAGGCUCUAUGCUGGUCCUCUUCCAGUCCACUUCACCAUAUAAGCAAGCACGGGCACGUGAUUCUUCUUUUUAGAGCAAUGCUGAAUGGUCUGUACGGUCUUACAAGCAUUGCCCUUCACAGGCCACAUAUAUCCCGACCCGUAUCGUGGCAUUCUAAAAUGGCCGAGCUAUCAAAACGUCGUGUUCAUGAUUCCGCCACCACUAUCGCACGUAUAUACGAUUUCUGUAUACUCAAAGACUCAGCUCCCUUGUUUUCAGAUAGCCAGGUUGCAAUUCUUGAAAGUUCCAUUGUCACACAUCUCGGUGAUCUCCAAUCUUCUCGCUCCUCUACUCAGCAGUCGGCGAUUGAUCACUUUCAGACCUGCGCCCGGGCUUUGCAGCAUCUCAGCAAUACCUACCCAUCUGCUGAUGUGACCCUUACAUUUGUCGACGCGGCUGUUCGAAACACGGAAACUGGAAGUUUGAGGGCUACUACUUCUAUUGAAAUGGAUUCCUGUAACGAUAAACCCGAUAAGAUGCACGGAAAGUUCAUAGAAACUACAAGCGGCGAUGAGACACUCGACCGGGGUUCGGAGCCAACGAUAUCGCAACAACUCGACAGUCUGCAAUUAUCGCAAACGAGCGAGCUUCUUUGCUCCCAUUUUAUGAUGACGUCUUUCGAAAAAGAUUUGUUACAAGAUUUACUAUCGUCAGGAGAAGAAUCAUAUGCUACUAUGGACGAUUCCGAUUCAAGUGCUUGGCAGGAUUCACAGAGCCCCCUAGAGAUCCCAUCUACUCAGGUGUCCACACUGCCAGCCAGCUUGAGUUUGGGGUCCCCACCAGCACACAAUGUGGAGGAAACUGAAGACCCUCUCAGCUGGGACUUCGAGGUCGAUGAAUUGGUAUCACAGCCGCUCUUGGUUGGCGGUGGAUUUGAAUCCCAGUUCAAAGACAAAAACCAGCCUUUUGACGACUCGUCUUUCUUCCAAAUGAUGUCUCAAUAUUGUAUGGAGUGA